ACUUGAACACAAGACCUCAUGUAACCGCUGAGGGGGUUUCCGCACCACAACAGGAGUUGCGUCCGCUAAAGGCCUCAGAGCUCCGAGAAACUGCCUGCAUCGGAACGCUGGGGCAGCUGGGGGAUAUUUGGGGAUCUGAUCUAGUUUCUAUCAUUGAGAAGUUCAAAAAAGUUAACCAAGUGUAAGAUUAAAUCAGUAAAUAAGAAAAAAGUGUUAUUAUAGAGAGUCGUACUGUAUGAGAGUUUAGACUGAGAGAUGGAGCGCUGCGGUGCAGUUAUGAAAGCUUUGAUGUUCCUCACAUUUUCUUUUCAUCUUUCAUCAGCAGUCACACACACUCUGCAGUACCUCUACACUGCAGUUACACCAGGAAUAAACGUCCCAGAAUUCACUGUUGUGGGUCUAAUGGAUGGACAGGAGUUUGAGUACUACGACAGUGACCUCAGGAACGCGACCCCAAAGACAGAGUGGAUACAGAAGAUCAAUAGCACAGAUUACUGGACCAGACACACACAGAUUUAUCAGGUGUUUCAGAAGAGCAUUAAAACUGGUCUGAAUAUUGUGAUGAAGAAUUUUAAUCAUACUACAGGAGUUCACACACUACAGUGGAUGUACGGCUGUGAGCUCGAUGAUGACGGAACCACUAGAGGAUACAUGGAGAUAGGAUAUGAUGGAGAAGAUUUCCUCCAUCUGGAUCUAGAAACUAAAACCUGGAUUCCAGCCAAACCUGGAGUUGUGAUCAGUGAACAGUUUCAGGAAUAUAUUAAUAGUUUGACUUCCGGUGGACAGAAGAGCUAUGUGAGCACCUCAUGUAUCAAAAGGAUAAACGAGUAUGUGUCUUAUGGCAGAGAGACUCUGGAGAAGAAAGUUGUUCCUGAUGUGUCGGUGUUUCAUAAACACUCUCCUUCUUCAGAGGUGGUGUGUCACGCUACAGGUUUCUUCCCCAAAGCAGUCAUGAUCACCUGGCAGAAGGAGGUAGAGGAGAUGCAGGAGGACGUGGAGCUCAGAGAGACGUUACCCAACCAGGAUGGAAGCUUCCAGAGGAGAAGCAUUCUGAAAGUUCCAGCUGAGGAGCUGCAGAAACACAACUACACCUGCAUGGUUCAGCACAGCAGCUUGGAGAAGGAGUUAGUGCGAGAAGUACCAAAAGGUGAAGCACCGAUUGCUGUCAUCACUGCUGUAGUCAAGGCGCUCAUCGCUCUCGUCACCGUCGUUGCUUGAAUUGUGGUCUGGAAGAAAAAGAACUCUGGAUCCAAAGUUGGAGUCUAUUGCAGUCAGUGAUAUCUGAAGUCUGAGGCCCAUGGACAUCACCAGAUCUUGAGUUUCCUCCUUGAACCCCUUUGCUUUUCUUUACUGCAGUCCCCUUUAGUUGCUGUGUGUGUGUGUGUGUGUGUGUGUGUGUGUGUGUGUGUGUGUAUGCUUAGUUGGGUUGAGGUCAGGUGAUUGACUCAGCCCUUUAAGAACAUUCCAGUUCUUUACCUUGUGGUUAUAAUUAGUGUAGAUGAUGUGGAGGCUCUGCUAUACAGGUUCCUGUGAAUAAGGUGUUUCUGUUGAAUGUUACUGUGUAAUAUGUUAUAUGAUACAGUCAAGUCCAUAAAAUGUGGAAUAAAGACAUUUUUUAGCAUUUGUCAUCUGUACACAAGCUCACUAAAUUUAAAAUGAAUCACUCAAGAUGUGGGUGAAGUCAAGACUUUCAACUUUAAUUCCGGGGGGUUGACAAAAGUGUGACAUUAACCAUUUAGGAAUUCCAUCCAUUUUUGUACACACACACACACACACACACACACACACCUUUUGUCUUUUGUGAUAAGACUCAUCAAUAAUAAAAAGCCUUUGCAGUCAAUGACUGCCUGAAGUUUGGAACCCAUAGACAUGACCAAAUACUGGGUUUCCUUCCUCAGGAUGCUUUGCCAGGUUUUUACUACAGCUGCCUUUAGCUGCUGCUUGUUUCUUGGUCUUUUAGCCUUCAGGCUUGUCUAUGGUAAGUAAAAAGUAUGCUCUAUUGGGUUGAGAUCAGGUAAAUGACUUGGCCAAUGAACAAUAUACUAUGUCUUUGCCUUGAGAAGCUCAUCUAUCUGCAGUAUGAAGCAGGGUCAGUUUUGCAGUAUUUGGCUGAAUCUGGGCAGAGAGGAUGGCCCUUUACACUUCAGAUACACUUCAGAUUUUACCCUGCUACUUUUGUUUAUUACUGCCUGGUUCAAUUUGCAGCCAUACAAACUUAUGCCACAACACUGCCUUCCCCAUGUUUAACAGACGAUGUGGCAUGCUUUAGAUCAUGAGUAUACUUUUCUCUUCUCAUCAUCCUCGUCUAAGUUAAUUUUGAUUAUGUCAGUCCAAAGAAUCUGAAAUUUUUUUCUGGCAAAUUCUAAUCUGUCCUUUCUGUUCUAAAGCGCUACGAGUUGUUUGAAGCUUUUGUGAAGGAUCGUCUUGGGUUACUUUGCUGUAACCCUGUUUCCUGAAAAGGCAGGAACGAGAUGCUGCGUGAAAACGCUAUGGGAACAUCUUUUUGUGUCGCCGGUUGUGAAGCAUGUAUGUAUCAAACACGCCAAAUUUUGGCUUAUAUAACCUCGGUCAGGUGACGUCAUCUGAUGAGACGCACCUGCAGGUUAUAAAUAGGAGUAAACCGGAAACAUUCCUCAGAUCGAUUUUGUCUGAAGGGACGUCCGGUCACGCAGGCACUGCAAGUGUCUGGACCCCAAGGUUGUGUAGCGUGUGUGCACAAAGGCCAAAGAGGUCUCAGAACUAUCUUUGGGAGGCUGACUUGAGGACCUGUGAGCCCGGAGUAGCAUGAACAUCCAGACUAUAAAAUCUAACAAGUAUGUGCGGAAAGGGCGAUCCCCCUGG